GGAGGACAAGCGAGCGGGGGGCAGAAAGCCAAAUGGGGAUACUUCUGGAAUAAUUUAGGCCUGGGCCUAGUUCCCCUGGCAAUGUUGUUGGGUGGGUAAGAACAUGCACUCUGAGGAUAAGACCUGGAUUCAGACCCCUGCCUGGUUGUGUGACCUUAGGCAAGCUGCUGGCCCUCUCUGAAUCUUGGGUCCACCUCCUCAGCAGUAUAAUGCAACCCCAGCCAACAUUACUGGGCACCCCCUCCCCACCUGGCUCUGUCUGAACUAAGUACUUUCCAUGCAUCAUCUUGGUCAAUUCUCACCCAACCUUUGAGGUAGGAACAAUUCUUCCCUCUCCCCAGGUUCUGUUGUCAACCACACAGGGGUCAUAUCUGGCUCCUAAACACCCCGGACACCAUUGAGUCCUGGAUCCAUGUCGUCAGCCCUAAGGGCUGCCCUGGGUAGCUGACCACCCUGUACCUCUCCAACAGGCCAUUGAAUGGGCAUCUCCACACCAGUGGUACUCCUCAUUAUGACCCUAUCACCUACCGUAUCCAUCUCAGUUUCUCACCUCAGGACCAGACCCUGAGCAUUGCCAUGACCUCUUCUCCCACACCUGUAAGCCCUACUGGUUCUUCUACACCAGAUUCUGAAGCUACCCACCCACUAUUUCUGUAGCCUCCAGUCUGGUCUUGGCCUCUCUCAUCUCUGCCCCAGACACUGCAGUGCCCUCCUCACUGGUCCCAUUUCUACUCUUGCUCCCUGGAGCCCAUUGUCUAUGGGGCAGCCAGAGGGAUCUUCAAAAAUCACAAAUCAGGUUCUUUCAGACCUUGCUCAGGAUCUCCCAAUGGCUCUUUAUCACAUGUAGAAUGAAACUCAAACUUCUUACCAGAGCCUAAAAGUCCCUGACCUCAGCCCACCUUACCACCCUUCCUAUAAGGGGAAGGCCCUCUUUUCAAUUCUUUGAGUAACUACAUUUGUUCCCUCUGGGCCUUGCACUUACUCUUCCUUGCAUUUAGCCCUCCUCCUUCUUGUCCUGCAGGAGUCAAUCCAGACAUCACUUCCUCCAGAGGGAGAGCCUCCACCCCACCAGCUCUUCAUUCCUUUCCAGAGUUUUUUUUCUUUUCAACCCUAACUGUCCUCCCCAAACUACCUAGUUCAAGCAUGUGUCUAUUUGCCUAAGACCUCUGGACUCUAAGCUGUUUUAGGCAGGGAACUUGGUGGUCUCACUGACUGCUGACAUCCAGACCCCAGAAGAGGAAGGAUGAGCUCAGGAAAUACUGGAUGGAUGGAUGGAUGGAUGGAUGGACGGACGGACAGAUGGAUGGGCAGGCCAUGGCAAUAUUAAGUGACUUGCCUGACCACAAAGCAGCAGCAGAGCUGGACAAUAGCCAGGGCAGUUGCACCACAAUCCUGUGAGCUUAACCCUAAAGAUGCAUUGCUCACAGUAUUUGGUGAAGAGCUUGGCUGCCUGGGCUGCCAUCCCUGCUCCAUUAAUUCACUGUGUCCUUGGGCAAGGCAUUUCACUUCCCUGAGCCCAUUUCCUCAUCUGUAAAGUGAGGGCAUUCAUGAUUCUAACUCUAGUGGGUUAAAUGAAAUGGUACAGGUAAAGCAGCAGCACAGGAACUGGCAGGAGUACUGCCAAUAACUAGCAAGUAUGGUUAGCAUCACCUUCCAGCUUUGAGAAACUAAAGAGAGUAAGGGCCAGAGGCUGGCCCAACUUGCCUGCUUCCCCAAGCUGGACAUUUGGGUGUGCCAGCCUUGUCCUCAUACAAGUUGGACAGGUUUUGGGGACGGAAGGCAAAGGCAUGGGGCCCAGGUGGGGUUGGACGUGGUUAAUUAAAGGGAGCUGGCUGGGAGGAGCUGGGGGAGAGGGACUGAGCAGUGGCUUGGCAGAAGCUGGACCUCCAGACCCUAGUUGUGUGAGGCCAUGGGUCGGGGCUUAAAUUCUGCCAGACUAAGGCACCAGAAGCGACGCCUGCAAUCUCGGGUCCAGAAGCCCAGGCAGCAGCAAGAGCGACUGCAGCAGGAGAACCAUGAGCUCCGCCAGAGCCUGGUGGCACGAGGAGCUGAGUGGGAGGCCAGGGCCGUGGAGCUGGAGGGGGACGUGGAGGCUCUGCGGGCCCAACUGGGGGAACAGCGCUCAGAGCAGCAGGACAGCGGACGAGAGCGUGCACAGGCCCUCGGCGAACUCAGCGAGCAGAACCUACGGCUCAGCCAGCAACUGGCCCAGGCUUCUCAGACUGAGCAGGAGCUUCAGAGGGAACUAGAUGGCCUUCGGGGGCAGUGCCACACCCAGGCCCUGGCCAGGGCAGAGCUGAGGACACGCCUAGAGAGCCUGCAGGGGGAGAACCAGAUGCUGCAGAGUCGCCGGCAGGACCUGGAAGCCCAGAUCCGAGACCUGCGUGAGGAGGUGGAGAAGGGCCAGGGCAGGCUACAGGCAACCCACGAGGAGCUGUUGCUACUGCGGCGUGAGAGGCGGGAGUACAGCUUGGAGCUGGAAUGUGCACGCUCCGAGGCCAGGGAGGCACUGAGCACGCUGCGGAGGCUGCAGCAGCGAGUCUCGGAGCUGGAGGAAGAGUCGCGCCUACGGGAAGCUGACGCAUCAGGGGCCUCGCUGCAGUCUGAGCUUGCCCAUAGCCUUGACAGCCACCAGAACCAGAAUACAGAUGGCCACAGAGACGCUCUGACCAUUCUGUCCCCGAAGGCCCAGGAGUUAUCCAGUCACCAGCCUUUGCCCCCCGAGGAGAGCUUGGAGCCUCCCAAGAAGAGAGCAUCCCUGAGCCCAGGGAAGAUACUGGAAAAGGAGUUGGAAGUGGCCCAGCUGCAGGACCAGGUCGAGCUGCAGCGGGUAGAGAUACAGUCCUUGCGGGAGGAGCUACAAAGGCAGAAGGAGCUGCAGGAGCUGGCAGACCCCAAGGAGGCCUUAAGCUGUGCCCUCUCGGACAGAGAGGAGGCUGUGAACAAGGCCCUGGAACUGUCCCUAGAGCUCAGCCGCGUCUCUCUGGAGCGGGACUCCCUCUCCCAAGAGCUGCUUCGCACCAUCCGCCAGAAGGUGGCGCUGACGCAAGAGCUGGAGGCUUGGCAGGACGACAUGCAAGUGGUAAUUGAAGAGCAGCUGCGCUCCCAACGCCAGAAAGAGCUGAGUGAAGCUGCAUCUGCUCUGCAUCGCCCCACGUCCCGCUUCUCGCUGCGCAGGAGCCCUGGGCCUGCCAGCGGAUUCUUCAGCAACCUCUUCCGAAAGACCUGAGGGCCAGGUGAAGGGGCCCACACUUGCCCUCUCUGGCUUACUUUCCUCUUCCAGCCAACUGAGCACAGGGCCCUAAUUGUUCUCCAAAGGGGGCUGGUGCCCUCCCAUGCCCCAGGAGGCUGAGCAGGGACUUACUGGGAGCAAGCCCCAACUUUGGGAGUCAGGAAGCCCCAGGUCGGUGGUGGGAGCAGGUGGGGCAGAACUACCUAUUUUUUGAAUCUAUAUAGGUCUUUUCUAAGCACUAGGGCACUAGGCCUGCUGGCCCUGGCAUGCUCCAGGGAAGGGUGGGGAUGGUUAUUUAUGUAUCAAGAUCAGAGUAAUAUAUAAAUCAUUACACCGACUUAGUCUCCCUUCUUGGGAAUAAAGCAAAUGGAAGAAAA